AUGGCGAGUAAUCAGGAUCAACAUGCACCAUCUCCAGCUCCAGAGACGUCCAUGAUCAAGUUACCAGAUCCAAGAGAAGACACGCACACUGGACGCGUGCGCAAGACCUUCGCCAUGCUGGACAUGCGCACGGCUUUCACGUCCAGACAGGACCUCCUGGAUGCACAGCAGCAAUUACUGGCCCACCGCACAGCACAGUGUUCACGCGAUCCAAGACGCGGUGGCUGCGCGUGCCGACUCUGCUUGGCUUGGUCGGCUACUGCGCAGCUUGACUCCAAGUACCUUGAACCAGAGCUGCAGCAGGCUAUGCGCAAACAAGAUGGCCAACCCGUGCGUGUUGUCACGUAUAACAAGGGCAUGUGA